AUGAAAGUUGUAUUAGCUCCCACAUUGGCAGAGGAGCUCGAAAAUGCCGAAGAGAUGUACCACGAGCUAUUUCCUUAUUGCCUGUGUCCCCCGAGUGUGUUCUUCUACAUAAUUCGGAUCUCCAACUUGCGUAGAGAGGCGUCACAAGCGUUGAUUUUAGAAGAUGAUCUGACUGGUCUUUCACAAUCGGCUACCAAUUUGCUCUCCCAACUCGAGUCGUUUUCGGUCGAUGACUGGGCACAACCAGGCUCCAAUAACGCAGACUGGCUGGCAAUCGGUUCAGCAUUCAAGCAUGCAGCGGCAGUCUAUUGUAUCAUGUCGCUUCAAUCGCUAGCGCUGUUACCGAACGAUGCGCAAACAAAUCAGCAGCUGGAAAGCCACGGUGACCUUCUGGCAUUGCACUUAAAGAAAGUGAUUGGUUACCAGCGGACGAGAAGAUUCGCCAGUUGGCCCCUGACCGUUGCAGCAGUAGAGGCAGGGUAUCGCGGAGAGGCUAGGCGCAAAUGGGUUGAAGACACUUGCUUAGAGAUGGCCCGUGUCUUGGGAACCAACUGUCCAUUGAACCUAAAGGCUGUAAUGAGGAAAUACUGGGCAAGCGGGAACCCUGGGUGGGAGGAGUGUUUCUAUAAGCCGUACGCGUUCAUGUUCUGA